AACUUCCUAAGUGCGAACGAACAGCAGCGAAUUCAAGCGAGCGGUAAAAGAAAACAGUUUUCGAAGUUGGAAAUCAGAAGUUUCGUUUCGUUUUCGUAUGAACUGGAGCGUAAAUAGAAGAUCUGAGAUUUUACGAUAUGUGAAUGGAUUUUAAAUAAGUUAUGUGUAUGGAUUCUGAAACCUUUAUAUAGGCCCUAGUCUAAAAAGUACUUUUGAAGAAGGUUUGUUGUGAUGAAAUGAGGCCAUCGUUACAGCCAGAGCCUGGAAGGUUCAUUAGGCCUAAGCACUCACCGCUUCGUAUUCUGCCAAUGCAUUUAAACCUGUUUCAUAGUUUGAGUAUAUUUCUACUGUUUUUAUUAUUAACUGUAAAUAGUGUAAAAGGUCAAUGUGACUGUGUAACUGACUGUGUUGCCAGUUGUCCCGCUGGUUAUUAUUGGGACACAGAUGCAGCAGCAUGUCUUGUAUGUCCACCCGGGUCAUACUGCGAGGGAGGCAGUGCUGCACGAGUUCCGUGCCCGACUGGAACCUAUAACCCACUAUCACAACAAGAUGAUGAAGCAGCCUGUAAGGAUUGUCUAGCUGGUUUUUAUAGUUAUGGAGGAGCUGAAUUAUGCGAGUUAUGCCCUGCUGGGCAUGCGUGUCUCCUCAACGGCACAGCCAGCCCAGUUCCUUGUGGGUCAGGUCAGUACGCCCUCAACGGCAGCACAGUAUGCAUCACCUGCCCAACUGGCUUCAUAUGCCCAUCGAUUUACGAUGCUCCGGUAUAUUGUGCAGAAGGCUACUAUACUAGUUUGACAGGACAAAUUGAAUGUUCGAUAUGUGAAGGGGGACGAGAGUGUGUGCAUCGUAAUUCUUCAAAUGAAUGUCCUGCUGGGUACUUCAGUGAGGAGGGGGAAGCUGCAUGUUCCCCUUGUGCAACAGGAUAUUACAGUUCCACAGGCGCUCCUCUCUGUACAAUUUGCCCAGAAGGUCGUAAAUGUCCCGACCCAUCCCAGGGUCCAGUUGAUUGUGAGCAAGGCCUUGUUGCACUUGAAGGAUCGAACAAUUGCACACGAUGUGCGUACAAUGAAAUAAGCGGCACAAAUAACGUAUACUGUCUUCCAUGUCCGGCGGGAAUGGAAUGUACCGACCCAACCCAGGACCCAAGUGACUGUGGCGAUGGAGAGUAUGCUGCCCUCGGUGACGGUAUAUGCUCUAUGUGUCCUGAAGGUAAACGAUGUCCUACUACAAGUACUAUGAUUGAUUGUUCAUCUGGAACGUAUUCAACUGGUGGCUUAACAUCUUGUCUGGAGUGCCCAGCGGGGUCAAGCUGUACCAUCAGCAAUGCAACUCAGUGUUCCCCAGGACAAUACAGUCCAGCUGGAGAUGAGAAUUGUUAUGAUUGUGAUGCCGGUUACUACUGCACACCACUAGCAGCCAACCAACUUCCUUGCCAGUCUGGCUUCUACUCAGACGGCCUAGCUAUUACAUGUGACGAAUGCCCAGCUGGUUCUCAGUGCACUACAUCUGUAGUGCAGGAAUGUUCUGUAGGCUACUAUUCACUGGCCCGGGCAACAGCAUGUAUAGCAUGUCCAAAUGGACACCAGUGUAACGUGACCAACUCCGCUCCUGUCCCUUGUAACUUCGGCUGGUAUAAUGACGACCCUAGGAACAAAAUGUGUCGACAAUGUCCCGCAGGGUCUUACUGUCCAGACACGACUCAGCCACCUCAGACAUGUGGUACAGGUCAGUACAGUAGUGAAGGGGCAACUGCAUGCACUGAUUGCCCACCAGGAUAUUUUCCUGAAGAAGUUCACUGCAUGAAUGAAAGCUUCAUAUCUUGCGAACCAGGAACUUAUUCUCUGGGAACUGCGAUCUCUUGCACAGACUGCCCGCCUGCGUAUUACUGUCCAGCAACUAACAGUGGACCAAAAAGAUGUGAUCAGAAGUAUUACUCAGAGCUGAGAGCUGUGAACUGUACCAUCUGCCCCGCUGGCUUCCAGUGCUCGGACCAAGAAGUUCCUGAGGAGUGUCCGAUCGGUACAUAUUCCUAUGAGGGUGCUGUAAGUUGCGAUGCCUGCAGUCCAGGGUACAUUUGUGAUGAAGCCUCAAAGUCUCCCUCGCCUGACGAAGGAGUCUGUGACCCUGGCGGAUGGUGUGAUGGCACAGUCUUUUACUCAUGUCCGUCUGGAACAUACAAUCCAAACAAUGGAUCCAGGAACCAAAUUGAGGCGUGUUUUCCUUGUCCUCCAGGGUUUUAUUGUACUGGACCUGGUGAGACCAAAUAUGAGGACAAGGAGUGUCCAACAGGUCAUUACUGUCCACUAGGAACCACCUUUUCUACAGCCUUUCCUUGUCCAGGAGGUACAUACAAUGAUGAGCUCAAUCAGACAGCCCUUAGUCCUGGAUGUAAGUUGUGUCCAAGUGGCUAUUACUGCGGAGAGGGCACUUCUGAAUAUGACGCAUUUGUCUGUCCUAGAGGUUUCUAUUGCUUGGAAGGCCAGUCUAGUGGUUAUCAAAACUCUUGCCCUCUGGGAACCUAUGGUGAGGACGUAGGCCUUGAGAAUUCCACCCUGUGUAUAACAUGCCCUGCUGGCACUUAUUGUCCCUAUGGGAGUGCUACUGAACCUACAACUCAGCCCAAAGAUUGUCUUCCUGGUACAUACAACCCCGAUGAAGGGGCAGGACAUCAGUUCAACUGCCGGCUGUGUGAUACAGGGCGGUCAUGUCCGCUUCCAGGAUCGCCAAACAGCACACAUCCAUGUGCUGAAGGUUAUUACUGUCCAAAUGGAACCAUCACUAAUGAUCAGUAUCCUUGCCCGCCUGGAACAUACACUGGUAGGACGGACCUUCCUUCGUCCGAGGAGUGCACGGUCUGCCCACUGGGAAUGUACUGUUCCUGGGGAACUGCCGGACUAAAUGAUACUGUCAAUGGCCCUCAACCGUGUAAACCAGGUUACUAUUGCCCAAUUCAAACACCUAGCCCAGACCGUUUUCCUUGCUUACCGGGUACAUUCUCACCUUUGUCCAACCUCAGCGAUCCUGCUCAGUGUUCUCCAUGUACACCAUCCUACUACUGCUUAGGUGGCGAGCCUACAGAAACGGCAUUGUGUCCCCCAGGGUACUACUGCCCCCAGGGGACUGAAUUUGCUGAGCAAUAUGCUUGUCCGAAUGGUACUUAUAACCUUGACUAUGGAAAAGAUGAAGUUGGAGAUUGUAAAAACUGCACGCAAGGUAAUUUCUGUGAGUAUGGCUCUGUAACUCCAACAAAUUGUUCGGCUGGUACGUACAUGCCUUACGGGGUGAACAUCGACACAAACACACAGGAAGGGGAGUCUGCCCAAUACCAGAAUGAUUGCAUACCGUGCACAGCUGGCUACUGGUGCGGUGUCGCAACGAUAACUCCUUACGAAUGUGGCACUGGGAUGUACUCAGAACCUGGUCAGAGCGUGUGCAAGAUUUGCAAGGCCGGGUACUACUGCGAUAGUAAUUCAACAUCUGAAUCUGAUAUGCUGAACAAUAAAUGGUGUCCAGCGGGUCAGUACUGUCCAGCCGGGUUGCACUCCCUGGAUGAUGCAACUGAUUGUAGUAUGUCUCACUAUUGUCCUCAAGCUACUCCGGAAGAAAUCAACUGUCCAGUUGGCACAUACAAUCCUGGGACUGGAAUUGGGGCAGUCACUAAUUGUACACUAUGUGAUGCCGGUCGGUAUUGCUUGGAAGGUAUUAGCACGCCGACAGGACUGUGCUCACCCGGUUACUACUGUCCAACAAAUUUCACAAAUCCCUAUGGAGUUAAUCCUUUAUACAUCGGAUCAUAUGGACCUAAACAGGUGCCCUGCCCAGCAACUACAUAUUAUGAUACCACUGGUGCUCAAGUACUUGAGGAUUGUAUUGAGUGUCCAGCGGGUUUUUACUGUCCCCUUGGCACAGGUGACCCUUACUCUUGUCCGCAAGGUUAUUAUUGUCCUGGCAACUCCUCUGCGGCAAUUCCUUGCCCAGCAGGCCGAUAUGGUAACCGAACUGAAACCCCAGCACUGGAAAGUUGCCCGCUCUGUGACCCAGGAUGGUACUGUGACUCCCCUGGUCUUGCUACCCCAAGGGCACCUUGUGACCCAGGGUAUCUCUGUUAUGAGGGUGCUUAUAAGUCAAGUCCAACUGAUGGAGAAACUGGUGAAAUAUGCCCAGCUGGAGGUUAUUGUUUGCUAGGGUCUUAUGAGAGCCGUCCAUGUCCAGAAGGGACGUACAGCAAUGUGUCUGGUGCUGUGGACUACCAUGAUUGCAGGCAGUGUGACCCAGGUUACUAUUGCAGUAAUGCACGGACACCUGAGCCUACUGGUCUGUGUGCUGCUGGCUAUUAUUGCGUAAGUGGAUCUUCCACCCCCACUCCAGACACUUUCGCUUUGCCAGGCUACUAUGCUCCGGAGGGUUCAACACAGUCAUUCCCUUGUGGUCUCGGCACUUACCAGCCAUUUGAUCGCCAAGGAAAUUGCACAGAAUGUGAACCGGGAUUUUAUUGUCCUGAGGAAGCAAUGACAAACCAGACUGCAUGUCCUGCAGGAACAUAUUGUGGUCCUGGAGCGUUCACCUUUGAGUUAUGUCCAGUUGGAACCUACUCUGAACUGCCGUACCAGAUAAGCAUCGACAAUUGUACAAUUUGCCCUGUCGGCUAUUACUGUUCAGGCACCGCUCAGACUACAACGACUGGGAAAUGUGAUGCUGGUCAUAUCUGCUAUGAGGGGGCCGAGUUUUCCAAUCCAGUCUACAAUAAUGACACAUCCAAUGGCCGUGUGCUUCUAACAUGGGGUGACCAGUGCCAUACUGGUAGAUACUGCCCCCGUGGCACACCCCACAUGGUGGAAUGUCCUAAGGGAACUUAUAUGGAUUACCAAGGAGCUACGGCUGAGUCUGAAUGCAUCCCAUGUGACCCAGGCUGGUACUGUGAAACAACUGGUCUCUCUUCACCAACAGCUCUGUGCCAAGCUGGAUAUUACUGUAUUGAGGGAGCCGAUCGUAUGAACCCAUACGACAACAUCACUGGAAAUGUAUGCUCUAAACGGCGCUACUGCCCAGCAGGGUCAUACGAUGAAAAAGUGUGUGCGGUUGGUACAUAUGCGAAUGAAACGGGUAUGGCUGAAUGUUCUGACUGUCUUCCAGGAUACGAGUGCGUGCCAGACAAUGAUCCUAUACAUUGUCCUCAAGGCUUCUAUUGUAUUGGUGGGGGAAGUGCAGCAACAGAUCCAAUUCCUUGUCCUAAGGGGUACUUCGGUGCCCAUGAAGCAUUGAAAGCAGAGGGUGAAUGCAGUGAAUGCUCUCCAGGCAUGUACUGCAGUGUUUCUGGCUUGUCAGAACCAGAUGGAAAUAUAUCAGCAGGCUAUUGGUCUGAUAGACUGGCACAUGAAUCAGGCCCCUUUGAUGAUACCACCAGCACUGAUUAUGGACUUUGUCCUGAAGGCUUCUACUGUCCUGUAGGCAGUGGAUCACCUACACCCUGCCCGCCAGGAACAUAUGGCACCGCUAAGUCCAGAGAAAGCCUUAAUGAUUGCAUUGACUGUGUUGCUGGCUACUACUGUCCUGAUUACAACAUGACUGCUGCUGGCGAUGAAUGUAGUGUUGGUUACUACUGUCUGGAGGGCUCAUCGGAUUUCCAGCCCACUGACCCAGCGAUGGGUGGACCUUGUCCUACAGGUCAUCGGUGUCCAGCUGGGUCACCUGUGCCAAUAGCAUGCGAUGCAGGGUAUUACCAGAACGAGACACAACAAGGAAGUUGUGAAGCCUGUCCAAUAGGUUUCUACUGCACAAUCAAUACAACAGUACCUGAAGCCUGCCCUCCUGGUUACUAUUGUGAAUUGAACACAGCAACUGCCUAUGAACAUCCAUGUCCCGUUGGAACAUUUAAUAACCUCACAGAAAGAUACCAACUGUCGGACUGUACCAUUUGUUUACCAGGCUCGUACUGUGGAACACCUGGUCUCGAAUGGCCCACAGACCUAUGUGAUCCUGGCUGGUACUGCUUGAAUGGAUCAAUCGCUGCACAGCCAACAGACCCAGCCCAAGGUGCCUACUGUGAGCCAGGCCAGUACUGCCCAUCAGGUGUUUCCAGGCCACUGGAAUGCUUGCCUGGAAUGUUCUGCGCCACAUCACAGCUGGACUACCCCACAGGAAACUGCUCAGCAGGGUACUAUUGUGUACUUGGGGCUAGUAUCAGUAGUCCAGAAGACAGUACUGGCGGUAUUUGUCCAUCUGGUCAGUAUUGUCCAUCUGGUAGCUGGGAAGGUGUGAACUGUCCACCAGGAACUUACUUAAAUACUACCGGUAAUAAAGCUUUAUCUGAUUGUAUUAGCUGCACUGAAGGUCACUAUUGCGAAGGGUAUGGCAAUAUUUACCCAGAUGAUGAGUGCAGUGUUGGUUACUAUUGCCCUGAAGGCCAAGAAGUACAAGCUCCUCCUAAUUACACUUGCCCACAAGGUCACUAUUGUGAAGUUGGUAGCAUCGAACCUGUUCGCUGUGAGUCAGGAACAUAUCAGGAUGAAGAAGGUCAAGGGUCAUGUAAACAGUGCCCAAGAGGUUACUAUUGCGAUAACACUUUAGAGCCAGUGGUCCUCUUCCAGAAUUCCACCUGUCCAGCAGGCUAUUAUUGUCCAGCUGGAACUCGGUAUGCUUAUGAAUUCAAGUGUCCAAGAGGUACAUUUAGUAACCGUACCGGUCUGAAUGAGAGCGCAGAUUGUAACCCGUGUCCAGGAGGCUACUUCUGUGACGAGGAGGCGCAGACGACAUACACUAAGCUUUGCUCUCCCGGGUUUUUCUGCAGAAGGAAUGCCAUUGAAGGAACACCAGAUCAAGGAGAUGAUGCUAAUGUCUGUCCACCAGGUUACUUCUGUCCAGAAGGAACCGAUGAACCUGAGAGAUGCCCACCCUCAACAUAUUCUUCAGCUAUAAUGCUGGAAGCGAUUUAUGAGUGUAGCAAUUGUACAAAAGGUUACUAUUGUGAAAGUUACAACUUGAUAGAGCCAGAUGGACCAUGCCUGCAGCAAUACUAUUGUCCAGAAGGAUCAGUUCGCCAAGACGAAGUUGAUUGUCCUGUUGGUCAUUUCUGUCCAAAUGCAACGUUUGACCCAGAACCAUGUCCAAGCGGAACCUUUUCCAAUGAAACUAACUUAGCAUCAGCUGAAGACUGCUACCCAUGUACUGGUGGCAUGUAUUGUGAAACAGAAGGAUUGACUGAGCCUACAGGAUAUUGUGCAGUUGGCUAUUAUUGUCCACCUGGUACAAUCCACCAAGAACCAGAGGACACGUUCUGUCCAGUUGGUAACUACUGUCCUGGAGGCGUUGCCUAUCCUAUUCCAUGCCGUAACAACAGUGAGGUGAACCAUACUCAUGCGGAGAUGUGUUAUGAGUGCCCAGCUGGCUACUUCUGUCAAAUCCAGGGGUCUAAGGAGAUCUGUCCAAGAGGUUACUACUGCCCUCAAGGCACAGGCUACGAUCUACAAUCCUGCCCUCGUGGGACUUACAGUGACCAGGAAGGUAACUAUGAGCUGAACCAGUGCAAACCGUGUGAUGGGGGCUGGUACUGCGAUGAGGAACACCUACCAACACCAACCGCUGAAUGCGCUCCUGGCUACUUCUGUGUGUAUGGAGUCGACCGGGCUAAACCCAACGGUGAUAACAUUACAGUGGUGCCAGUGAAUGACAGCUGUCCAUACUUUGAUGACUCGCAGACAGGCUUUGGAGGGCGCUGCCCUCUUGGACAUUUCUGCGUGCAAGGUAGUAUCUACCCUGAGGCCUGUGAGGCAGGUACAUACGCACCUGUUGAAGCUAUGGACCAUUGCCUACCCUGUGAACCAGGAUUCUAUUGCGAGGCACAGGCAAGUAAUUACACAGAUAAUCCUUGUCCAUCUGGUCACUAUUGUCCUGAGGGAACUGAGAGGUCAACACAAUUCCCAUGUCCACCAGGAACAUUCAAUAACCUGACUGGUAGCAUUAACAUCAGUGAUUGUGUCCCAUGCUUAGGUGGUUCUUAUUGUGCGAGUGAGGGUCUUACCUGGCCUACUGGCCUAUGUGAAGGAGGAUACUACUGCAGUGGGGGCUCUAACACCAGUACCCCAAGUGGGUUUGCAGGGGACCAGUGCUCGGCAGGUACAUACUGUCCAGAAGGGUCUACAUUCCCUACAGCUUGCCCUGGUGGCCACUACUGUGCUGUAGAUAGACUAGCCAACAUCUCAGGAGAAUGCGAUGCUGGGUACUACUGCUACUUAAUGGCUGUUGUACCAAAUCCAGAAGAUGGAAAUGCCACUGGUGACCAUUGUCCGAUGGGAGCCUUCUGUCCUGCAGCCAGCGACUCCCCAACUCUAUGCCAGUCUGGCACUUACUUAAACAGCACCCACAAUGAUGAUGAGCUAGACUGUCUCCUGUGUGUUCCUGGCUGGUAUUGUGCUGGUGGGGGGAACGCAUUACCUACGGACAAGUGCUCCAGGGGCUACUACUGUCCUGCUGCACAAGAUGAGGCUACACCUGCUGAAUAUAAUUGUACACAAGGUCACUACUGUCAGCAAGCCAGCAUAGAACCUCUCCGUUGUGAGUCAGGCACUUACCAAGACCAAGUGGGCCAGUGGGCAUGCAAAGACUGUCCAGCUGGGUAUUACUGUGACAACGUGAUAGAACCUGUUGUGUUGUAUAAUGACUCAUAUUGCCCCACUGGUCACUAUUGUCCACAAGACACCAAAUAUGCAAAUGAGUUCCCAUGUCCGCGUGGAACAUUCAACAAUCUGACGCACAGGACAGAAGAGUACGACUGCCAACCUUGCUCAGGGGGAAUGUAUUGCGAGACAGAGGGGCUCUCGGAACCUACGGCAUUCUGUAGUCCUGGUUACUUCUGUCUGAUUGGCUCAAAUUCUUCAACACCGUUGUUUGGAAGUGAUGCUGAUGAGUGCCCAGUUGGUCACUAUUGUGUUGAGGGCACUGUUCAGCCGCAGGCAUGUCCACCAGGCACUUACAACCCAAGCACACGCCGUGAAGCAGUGGAAGAAUGCUUGAAUUGUACGGGUGGUCACUAUUGUCCAACUUAUGGGAUGAAUGAAAUAGGACCAUUGUGCCAAGCAGGUUCCUAUUGCGAGUCUGGUGCGGACAAUGACCAGUUCAUCCAGUGCCCACCAGGAAGCUUCUGUGUGGAAGGAUCCACUCUACCGGAGCAGUGUCCACCAGGUACCUACAGUAGUGCUAAUGGCUUGACUGCAGAAUCUGAGUGCACUAAUUGUACUGGACUUGAUUGGCAAUCGUGUCCUGCCGGUACUUACAGCAACGCAACCCAUCUGACUGACCAAUCUGAAUGCCUGCCUUGUGAUGGCGGCAAGUAUUGCCAAGGCACCCAUCUAACUGAACCAACUGAUGAAUGUGACCCCGGCUUCUACUGUACCUCUGGGCUUGAUCGGCCAAACCCUGGAGCAGCUAAUGUUACCCUCAAUGACACCAGCUGCACCUGCCCUGAACAAAGCAUCUAUACAGGUGUCGGUGGAGUAUGUCCAAUUGGUCACUAUUGUCCAGGAGAGACAGUUACUCCAAAACCUUGUGAGGCUGGUAGUUAUGCAGCAGUGACGGAACAAGCAGCAUGUACUGAGUGUCCAGAGGGCUACUACUGUGAAGUUGGGUCAACAGGAUUUACAAACUUCUCCUGUCCUACGGGCCACUACUGUCCAAAUGGCACCAGGUAUGCAAUUGAAUUCCCCUGCCCGCCUGGUACAUUCAACGCACUUAUAAAUGGAAUCUCCGAUGCUGACUGCCAGCAGUGCCCACCUGGAAAAUACUGCGAGGGAUCCGGGAAUAGCAAUUAUACGGAUGAGUGCGAAGACGGUUGGUACUGCGAGGGAAGUGCAACAAUGCGGAAUGACACAGUUCAUGGUGGGAAAUGUCAACCAGGCUACUACUGCCCAAGAGGUAGUGGAAGUCCCAUCCCAUGUGAUGGAGGCAUGUACUGCCAGGUUGCUGGUCUUGAUGCACCCACAGACUUCUGUGCUCCAGGCUUCUAUUGCAUACUAGGAGCUACAACAGCCACUCCCACAGAUGGUAUGGAGGGUGAUGAAUGCCCUGCCGGGUACUACUGCGAAGAAGGCUCUCCCUACCCUAGAGGCUGUCCACCAGGAACGUUCAGUGAUGCUGUCAGAAACGAGAAUGUGACCGACUGCACACAGUGUCUGGAUGGCGAGUUCUGUGGAGCUUAUAAUUUGACUGCUCCUUCUGGCAACUGUAGUAGAGGUUACUACUGUCCUCGAGGUCAGAGCGACAUCCAAGCAUUCCAAUGUCCAGUUGGGCAUUUCUGCCCAGAGCAUACAUUCGAUCCUUUCCUAUGUCCAAGUGGGACCUACCAGGCUGACUCAGGUCAAUGGGAUUGUGACACUUGUCCAGCAGGCUACUAUUGUGACAACUCUCUGGGUGUUGUGGUCAUCAACGAUACAAUAACUUGUCCAGCUGGCUACUACUGCCUGUCAGGUACAAAGCGUGCUGAUCAGUACCCAUGUCCAGCUGGUACAUAUGGCAAUGAUACCGGUUAUGAUGAAGUUAGCGAUUGUACUCCCUGCUCUGGUGGGUACUAUUGCGAGGAGGUGGGGCAAACAACCCCAACUGAUCUGUGCGAGCAUGGGUUCUACUGUCGACAGUAUGCAAACACGUCUACGCCAGACCUUGGAUACGAUGCUGACAUUUGCCCUCAAGGCUCAUACUGCCCAACAGGAACAGCAGAGCCUGAGCCAUGCCCUCCAGGCAGGUUUGGUGCCACAGAAGGCCUCCAGAACUCCACUGACUGCACACUGUGCCUAGCUGGUUGGUACUGUGAAAGCUCUGGCUUACUGUCAUCUGAAGGCCUGUGUAGUGCGGGCUACUACUGUCCCGCGGGAUCUGAUUCCCGCACUAUGGAAGUAUGUACACCUGGUAACUACUGCCCUGAAGGAUCAGAUUUACCUGUUGCUUGUCCAGAAGGAACUUUUAACCCGUAUGAAAGAUUAGAGAAUGAGACUGAAUGUGUGUCCUGUACGGCUGGUAGUUACUGUGAUAUGCAAGGUAUGAUCACCCCUGCUGGCCCAUGUGAACCAGGCUAUUAUUGUCCAGGUGGUCAGAAUGACUCUAGACCUGUUGAAUAUGCUUGCACCAUUGGUCACUACUGUCCACUGAAUUCCAGUGAACCCCUUCCCUGUGCUAACGGAACAUACAUGAACCAAACACAUGCAUCGGACUGUUUUGUCUGUCCUGAAGGAUGGUAUUGUGUUCUGGGCAACUUAGUGGAUGAAUGCCCAGAGGGCUACUACUGUCCUGAGGGUACAGGCUUUGAUUGGCAGCCCUGUCCACGGGGCACAUACAACAACGAGACAGGAUUGGCUGAUAUUGAUCAAUGUAAGCUCUGCCCCGGUGGUUACUACUGCGAUGAAAUGGCGGGAACCACAGCAACUAAGGAAUGUGCAGCAGGAUAUUACUGUGAGUAUGGUGUAGAUGUUGCCAUGCCUCUUGGAGAAUAUAAUGUGACAUUUGAGAAUGGUUCCUGUCUGUUCCUGGAUGGUCAAACCGGAGUUGGUAGCAUUUGUCCGGAGGGACACUAUUGUCCACAAGGAAGUGAGAGGCCGAUUCCCUGCAUUGCUGGAACAUACGCAAAUACAACUGGAUUUGCAGAGUGCUUGGAAUGCCCAGAGCAAUAUUACUGCUUAGAAGGAUCUGUUAUCUACGAUGACAAGCCAUGUCCAACCGGACAUUACUGUCCCUCUGGAACUGACUCUGAGUUUGCCUUCCCAUGUCCUGAAGGAACCUACUACAACCUCACAAAGGCCAGUGACCAAAAUGACUGCAUUCCCUGCCCUGGCGGCUAUUAUUGCGAGACAGAUGGACUUACGAAUCCGACAGACUUGUGUGCAGCAGGCUGGUACUGCAGCGGAAGCUCAAACUCAUCUAUGACAACUAUAUUUGGAGGCGAAUGUCAGCCUGGUUUUUACUGCCCUGAAGGAUCAUAUGAUAUGACACCUUGCGAUCCUGGGACCUUCUGCCAAAUAUCUGGACUGGAUUUACCAUCUGGUAACUGCACAGAAGGUUUCUAUUGUUUGCUAGAAGCUAAUACUCCAACCCCAACUGACAACAUCACUGGUGCCAUCUGUCCAGUUGGUCACUACUGUCCUGAGGGUACACCAGAUAAGAUCCCAUGUCCAUCAGGCUACUAUCUGGACUCUGAACAGAACAGCGCCCUCUCAGACUGUAUAAACUGUACAGCUGGAAGCUACUGUCCAGGUGUUGGACGAGAGCUUCCUAUUGGUGAAUGUGAUGCUGGCUAUUAUUGUCCAACUGGUCAAAGUCAAUCAAGUCCACCAGAAUACAUAUGCCCGAUUGGUCACUUUUGCGAGAUCGGAUCUGAUGACCCUGUCCGCUGUGAGAAUGGAACAUACCAAGACGAGCUUGGUCAGAGUUCCUGCAAGACAUGCCCAUCUGGGUACUUCUGUGACAACACUAUGACAUGGGUCGUCCUUAACAAUGACACAACUCUUUGUCCAAUGGGAUACUACUGUCCAUCGGGAACGCAGUUCGGUACUGAAUUUCCUUGUCCUAUUGGCACCUUUAACAAUCUCACUGGCCUUAGCAGUAUUGAUCUGUGCAGUCCAUGCAGUGGGAGCUACUACUGCCCAACACCUGGCAUGGUUACCCCAUCUGAGCCAUGCAGCCCUGGCUACUUCUGUAAACAAUAUGCUAACAUCUCAACACCAGACCAAGGAGAGGAUGCAAACAUAUGCCCAGCAGGCUACUAUUGUCCCGAGGGUACUGCAAAUCCUGUCCCUUGCCCCAAGGGUUCAUACAGUGAUGAAACUGGACGUUGGGAGGAGAGUCACUGUGUGCCCUGUACUGCUGGACAUUAUUGCGCAGAAUUUGGAAUGACCAAUACUAGUGGACUUUGUGAUCCCGGCUACUACUGUUUACAAGGUUCAUUGGAUCCAAGAAAUGUGUCUUGCCCUGUCGGCCAUUACUGUGAAGUGGGCUCAGGAAACCCUGAACCGUGCCCAGCGGGAACCUACACUAACACAAUGAAUAGGUACGAUGUCAGUCAAUGCGAAUUGUGCGAUGAAGGAACCUAUUGCAACGACACUGGUUUAUUUGAACCAUCCGGAGAGUGUGAUCCAGGAUUCUUCUGUCCGGAAGGCCAGCAUGUCUCCAACCCUGCUGAUUACCCAUGCCCCAUUGGACUGCAUUGUCCCCAGGGUAGCCCUUUACCAAUCCCUUGUGAUCCAGGCACCUAUACCAACUUAACCCAGCAGCCUUCGUGCUUGGAAUGUCCAGCUGGGUUUUAUUGUGUACCGGAGGAGGUCAUUGAAGGCAAUUCAAGCAGUGGAUUCAGGCUGUGUCCGCAAGGCUACUACUGUCCAGCGGGCACUGGCCGUAACUGGACCGCAUGCCCAAGAGGAACAUAUGGUGCUCGUCCUGGUCUAGAGGAUGAAGAGGGAUGUACCAACUGUGACGGGGGUUACUACUGCCAAGGAACUAAUUUGACCAGCCCCACUGACCUAUGUGACCCAGGCUAUUUCUGCACAUCUCGAGUGGACAGAGCAAAUCCAACAGCAUUUGAAAAUGAUACAUGCUCUUAUGAAGGUGCUCAUACUGGAUAUGGAGGUGUCUGUCCCACUGGCCACUUCUGUGAACGAGGCUCCGAACUGCCUAUUGGUUGUCCUGCUGGCACUUACCAAGACCUCGAGGGGAAAGCGGACUGCAAUGACUGCCCAGCAGGCUACUACUGUUUGGCCAACUCCACAACCUAUAUGGACACAAUUUGCCCACCAGGCUACUACUGUCCAAAUGGAACAGAGUAUGACAUCCAGUUCCCAUGUCCACAGGGGACAUUUAACAAUCUUACAGGUGGCCACAGCCUUAGCUCAUGUAUAGACUGCCUACCAGGAAUGUACUGCGAGGGCGCCGGUGACUACCCAACAGAUUUCUGCAAUGCUGGCUGGUAUUGCAUAUCCGGUGCUUAUGAACCACAGCCUAGCGCGCCAUACGGUGGAGAGUGUCAACCAGGUCAGUAUUGUCCAAUCGGAUCAUCCAAACCAUUGUCAUGUGACCCUGGAAAAUACUGUGAUGUGACGGGUAUGGAAGAACCACGUGGUGACUGUGAUGCUGGCUAUUAUUGCUCAAAUGGCUCGUCAACAGCUACACCUAAUGGUGUUGGAGGUGACAGAUGCAGUCCAGGUCACUAUUGUGUUGAGGGAAGCUACAAUGAACAGCCUUGCCUACCAGGGACUUACCAGCCCAGUGAGAUAGCUGAAAACUCAACCUGGUGCCUAGAAUGUACUGCUGGAAUGUAUUGCAAUGAUAGCGGCUUACCAACUCCUGAAGGAAGGUGUACACAAGGUUUCUACUGCCCUGGUGGUCAGACUGUCCCAGCUCCCAAUGAAUAUCGUUGCCCUGUGGGCUAUUACUGUGAAGAAGGUGUGGGUAACAAGGAAGCUUGCCCUGCAGGUACAUACCAGAAUGAGGAGGGACAGUGGACUUGCAAAGAAUGUCCAGAAGGCUUCUAUUGUGAUGAUGUUAAUGGUCCUAUUAUCAACUUCACCAGCAAUGUAUGCCCAGAAGGUUACUACUGUCCAAAUGGUACCACUGCAGCUACCUCCUAUGCGUGCCCAAUUGGAACGUUUAACAACAUCACCGGCUUAACAAAUGCAGAUGAAUGUACUCACUGCCUAGGUGGUUUCUACUGCGGGCAACCUGGUCUCACCUAUCCCUACACCUUAUGUGCGGCUGGAUACUACUGCAAGAUAGGGGCACCUGUUGCAACACCUGAUCAGGGAGAAGAUGCCAAUGCUUGUCCAGUUGCCCAUUACUGUACAGAAGGGACCAUUGAGCCAAUGUCUUGCCCAAGUGGAACAUACAGCAACGAUACUUUAUUGCAAGAUGAAACAGAAUGUAAUCUUUGUGCAGCAGGUUCCUACUGCUUAGGUGGAGAAAUAGAACCUGAUGGCUACUGUGAACCAGGUUUCUAUUGCGUGAACGGUUCAGAUGACCAGCAACAGUAUGUCUGUCCACCUGGACGCUACUGUCCACUUGGCACAUCUGUACCUUAUAGGUGUCCAGCCGGUACUUACUCUAACGACACUCGCCUUUCCGCUGAAUCAGAAUGCCGUAACUGCACGGCAGGAUGGUACUGUCAACAGACGGGUCUCACCAUGGAAGAGGAUCUAUGCACUGAGGGCUACUACUGCCCUGAAGGCUCAUCUGUGCCUGAGGCAGUCAAGUGCCCAAUCGGUCUGCACUGUCCAGAAGGCUCUCCUGAACCCAAAGCAUGCCCGCCUGGGUACUUCACCAACACUACUACCAUGUCAUACUGUGAGAUUUGUCCUCAGGGAUACUACUGCUUACCGGAAAAUGAAACACUAGGCAAUCCAGACCUACAAGCUGGAUAUGCCGACUGUCCACAAGGCUACUACUGUCCAACAAGGACUGGCCUUGACUGGCAGCCAACCCCUCUAGGUACCCAUUUAUACUCCUGGGUAGAGAGAAGCAAUGCAGAUAAAAUUCAACAAUGUCGUGACUGUGACGGAGGACACUACUGCAAUAUAGAGGGCGCAAACACCACAUCAGGUCUGUGUGACGUUGGCUAUUGGUGUGAUUCUGGAGUUGACCGCAUGAAUCCCAACAAUGAAGACACAAACUCAACAUACGACGCCUCAUGUCCUCUGCUUGGAGGUCACACUGGAAUAGGUGGGGUAUGCCCUGUGGGGUACCGUUGCCCCAUCGGUACAAUCCUUCCACUUGGAUGUGAUGCUGGUACAUAUCAAGAUGAGGAAGGACAAGGGGCAUGCAAGGAAUGCCCGGCUGGCCGAUAUUGUCCAACCAAUUCAACUCAUAGUGACUUUACAUGCCCAGCUGGUCACUAUUGUCCAGCCGGUACAGGAAUGUCAGAUCAAUUCCAAUGCCCACCAGGAACCUUUAACAAUCUCACUGGUCAGACAAAUGAAAGCUCAUGUGUCAUCUGUCUUGGAGGAAUGUACUGUAUGGGAUAUGGAAAUGCUAACCCCACUAGUAACUGCAGUGAUGGAUGGUACUGUAUAGGAGGUGCAUCUAACCCCAUGCCUACUGAUCCUUCGAUUGGGGGCAAGUGCCAAGAGGGUUACUACUGUCCCGGUGGUACAGAGUCACAGAUAAAGUGCGAUCCAGGAUUCUAUUGCCCUCGAAAAGGACUAGCAGAGUCACUGGCGUUCUGUGAACAAGGUUUUUACUGUACCCUAGCAGCCACUACAAGCAGACCAACUGACAACAUAACAGGAAAUGUUUGCCCACAGGGCCACUAUUGUGAGGAAGGUAACCCAUAUCCCGAACCUUGCCCAAUGGGCUACUACUUAGACGAAGAGCAGCAGAGUCAGGUUGAUAAUUGCAAGAAUUGCACAGAAGGAUCUUACUGUGGCAGUGAAGGACUUCCCAAUCCGACCGGACCAUGCCAACAAGGCUACUAUUGCCCACGUGGGCAAACAGUUGCCGCCCCUGCCUCAUACCGCUGUCCACUUGGCCACUUCUGCACCACUGGUCGUGCAACUCCGGAACCAUGUCCUUCGGGAUCAUACCAGGAUACCGAGGGCGAGUGGUCAUGUAAGGAAUGUCUAGAAGGACACUACUGUAAUGCUACCUUUGGACCAGUGGAUUUCUAUGGAGAGUACAUCUGCCCGAUGGGCUACUACUGUCCCAAUGGAACUGAGUACAGCACACAGUAUCCUUGUCCAAGAGGUACCUUUAACAACAUUACAGGUUUAUCGUCCGAGUCCCAAUGUGUUCCUUGCAUCGGUGGAACGGUCUGUGAUGAGACGGGAUUGGUGAGUCCGCCAAGAUUGUGUGAAGCUGGUUACUUCUGUAGAGAGGGUGCUAACAUAAGCACACCAACAUAUGGCAUUUGGAACGAUGAGUGUCCUGCUGGUUUCUACUGCCCCGAGGGUACAGCGGAACCCAUAGCUUGCCCUGAGGGUACCUUCAGUCCAGAUAAGAAGCUAAUGCGAGAAGACCAGUGUCUGAAUUGCACUGCAGGAUACUUCUGUAACAAAACCGGUAUUACUGAUGUACAAGGACCAUGUGAUCCUGGCUAUUUCUGUGUGGAAGGCUCCACUAGACCCGACAAUGCCAUUUGCCCAAUUGGACACUAUUGUCUUGAAGCAACAAGAGAUCCUUACCCAUGUCCUAAUGGUACAUUCGGAAAUGUCACCGGCUUGGAUGAAGUUUCAGACUGCUUUGAUUGCAGUCCUGGCUUCUAUUGUGAAGGCCUAGCUAAUAUCGUGCCAACUGCUCCUUGUGAUAAAGGAUACUAUUGUCCAAGUAAGUCGGACAACGCAAGACCGUACAUCUGUCCGAUUGGUCAGCAUUGUCCACAGGGCAGCUCUGAACCUCAGGCCUGCUUAGCAGGUUAUUAUGUUGACUAUGAGGGUGCUUUUGAUUGCACAAUAUGCCCUGAAGGCUUCUUCUGUAUUCCUGAAAAUGUUGACGUUGGCGUAGCAGAGAGCACACGUACUGCUUGCCCAGCCAGCUACUACUGUCCCAACGGUACUGGCCACGAUUGGCAGCCAUGUCCAUCCGGAACGUAUGAUGCACAUGGCAGCCUUGCAGAAGCCCUUGAGUGCACCCCUUGCGAUGCGGGCAUGUAUUGUCAGGGUGUAAACCUAACACAACCAACUGCAUAUUGUUACGAGGGCUAUUACUGUGUAUCAGGGGUUAGCACUCCAGAUCCAGUGAUGCUGAAUGGUGACCAGUGUCCAACAGAUACAGUACAUCCAAUGAUUGGCGAUAUUUGUCCUGAGGGAUACUACUGUCCAGUUGGAACCACUUAUCCAAAGGGCUGUCUACCUGGUACUUACAAUGAUCUAACCCAGCAAGCAUCAUGUAAACCUUGCCCUGAGAGAUACUACUGCUACGCCAACACCACCAUGUACGCCGAGAACGAAUGCCCCCUGGGGUACUACUGUCCUCUCAAUACAACCGACCCCCAUCAAUUCCCCUGCCCAGCCGGUACCUUCAACAAUGCUACUUUACAGAGUAGCGAAGAAGGAUGUUUGCCAUGCACUCCGGGAUGGUUCUGUGCUGGGAUUGGAAAUGAAGACCCCACUGGUGAAUGUGACCCCGGCUGGUAUUGUAGUGGGGGUGCAAAAGAAGCACAGCCAAGUGUUAAUGGAGGUAUAUGCCAACCAGGAGAAUACUGCCCUCAGGGAUCAAGUCAGCCUACACUUUGUGAUCAAGGAUAUUACUGCAAUGCUACUGGUCUAGAUAAUGUCGUAGACCUCUGUGAUCCAGGAUACUACUGCCCAACUGGUUCCAGUAGUCCAAGACAGAUCGUAUGUCCUGUGGGAAAUUACUGCCCCCGCGGCAGCCAGCGACCGACCGAAUGUUCAAACGGUACAUAUCGUGAUGCAAUCAAAGGAGAUGAGUUUGAGGAUUGUGAGCCGUGUACAGCUGGGUUUUACUGCAACGAGACAGGAGCGUCGUCCACAUCAGGUGAAUGCGCACCUGAUUACUAUUGUCCAGAAGGUCAGACCACACCGACUCCGUAUGAAUACCUGUGUCCAAAGGGGCAUUAUUGUCCAGGUAAUUCACCUGCACCUGUUAGGUGUGAGGAUGGUUACUAUGAGGAUGAUGUUGGCCAAUCAGAAUGUAAUCUCUGUGAAGAAGGCUUCUUCUGUGACAACACUUAUGCUCCGGUGACCGGGUUGUUUAAUACGUCAUGCCCCAGCGGUCACUACUGUCCACGCGGUACUAGGUUUGCCACAGAAUUUCAAUGUCCAUCUGGUACUUUCAACAAUCUGACAAACUCUAUAAAUGAAUCUAGCUGCAUGCCAUGCCUGCCAAAAUAUUACUGUAAUUCACCUGGGCUCAGCGCACCGGAAGGAGAAUGCUAUGCAGGAUAUUACUGUGAUGGAGGCGACUCUACUCCAACACCAGCUGAUUCUUAUUGUCCAGUUGGGAACUACUGCCCCGCAGGAAGCUACAAGCCCACACCAUGUCCAUCGGGAAGUAUCUCCAGUGGUGAACGAAACAGAAAUUUAACUGACUGCGAACCCUGUGCUCCAGGACGCUACUGUACCGCUGAGAGUUCCGAAACAGGAACAACGCUUCCAUGCGAUCCAGGCUACAUCUGUAUCUCAGGUUCUGACAUCGCUACACCUGGAGACGGUGUCAAAGGUUAUGUUUGUCCAGAAGGUUAUUAUUGUGAGGGAGCCGCUAUUCAGGAGUCUCCAUGUGAUAAAGGAACUUACGCACCAAGUCCGGGACUUGGAGCAUGCUUAACCUGUCCAGAGGGCACUACUUGUCCAGAGAAAGCAAUGAACCAAACUAUUCCUUGUCCAAUGGGCUACUACUGUCCCUCAGGAACCACUGAUAAUGGCCAACCAUGUCCAGCAGGUACUUUUAGUGACAUUACAAGCUUGGUCAAUGAGUCACAGUGCCAGGAUUGUCUGCGAGGCAUGUACUGUGAAACUCCAGGUCUUGCCUAUCCAACCGGAGAAUGCCAAGCAGGGUACCUUUGCGUUCUUGGGGCCACUGUUUCUGGACCUGAUUCCGGUCCUAAUGGUCUGUGUCCUGUGGGCCAUUACUGUACCAAUGGUACCCAGAAUGCAACAGCUUGCCCUGUUGGCACAAUGAACCCAUCAGAAGGAGGAGCCUCAUUGGACGAUUGCUUGCCCUGUUUGCCCGGAUACUACUGCGAAACUCCUGGAUUAUCUGAACCAACAAAUGUUUGUGCUGAGGGCUUUUAUUGUCCAGGUUAUGCCGAAAUCUAUGUACCUAACCCUUCAGAAUAUCCUUGCCCUGUUGGUCAUUACUGUGAAAAUAACACAGGAACACCUAAAGGAUGUCAACCAGGAACUUACCAGCCCCAUGAAUUUAGUACCGACUGUGACGUUUGCCCAGCAGGACGAUACUGUAUGUACAACACCAGCGUACCAGAACCAUGUCCAGCAUACAACUAUUGUCCAAAAGGCACCAUCACUCCAUUGUCUUGCUCCAAUGGCACAUACACCGAGGACGAUGUCACAGGCCUGUCAGACCCUGAGUCCUGCCAACAGUGCCCUGCGGGGCGUUAUUGUGUUGGGGGCUACAAUGCCGGUCCUUGUAGUGCAGGAUACAUUUGCUACAGUGGUUCCGACACGCCGACACCAGACGGCUCCAACAGUGAUGUUGGUGAGCCAUGUCCAUUUGGUUACUACUGCUUAGAAGGAGCAAAGAAUGUAUCGACAUGUGACCCAGGAAAAGUUAUCUCCUUUGAAGGAGCUCGGAGUGAGAGCGAGUGUGCAGUAUGUCCUGCUGGAUACAUAUGUUCCGAGGAUAAUCCACUUCCAGUGCCCUGUACUCCAGGUUAUUAUUGUGAAUUUGCAAUGGACCCACAACCUUGUCCUAACACAACUUACUCUUAUGAGGAAGCUGCCACUGACUUCAGCACCUGUUCUCCGUGUCCACCUGGAUACUGGUGCAACAUGGAGGCAAUGACAAACUAUACCAUUAGUCCAUGUCCAAUUGCUCACUUCUGUCCAGAAGCAACUGAUUUUCCAAUUGAAUGUCCACCAGGAACCUAUCGGGAUACGCAGGAAGCAGGAGACCAGGCUGACUGUCACCUUUGUCCAGCUGGCUACUAUUGUCCAAAUGAUACGGCCAAUCAUUUCGGUAUUGAAUGCUUAGAUGGUCAGUACUGCCCACAAGGAUCAUGGGAACAGCAUGAUUGCCAACCCGGUUUCUACUGUGAGUUAGCAAAGACUCAAGUAGCAUGUCCCGGUGGAAGCUAUUGUCCAACUAACUCCAGUUCACCACAGCCAUGCCCAGCCGGACACUAUUGUGGUGGAGAUGACUGUAAUAAUACGGUACCGUGUCCCGGAGCCAUCACGCCAAAGAAGUGCCCGCUUGGAUACCGGCAGAUUGAUGGUUCAUUGCAAAUCACAUUCGAUGAUACCUGCGAGCCCUGUCCAGCUGGUCAGUUUGGAAACGAGCCAGAUCGUCAGUUCUGCGAAAUUUGUAGAGCUGGAGUUGUGUGUUUAGAGAUGGCUAUAACAGAUUUACCACAUGGAAAUGAGACCAAUUAUGGUGUUAAUAAAACAAAUUCUUUCCCUUGUCCAAUUGGCUACUAUUGCCCAGCAAACUCCUCUGAACCAACUCCCUGCCCAGUUGGAACUUACAAUGAUGUUGAAUACGGUGAAUCUUUGGAUGACUGCCAUCUUUGUCCAAUUGACCAUUUCAACCAUCUCACUGGUCAACCAGGUUGCUUUCACUGCGGUAGCGAGGCAUAUCAACCAAAUUUAGGUGAGUCCGAAUGCCUGUGUAGCGGCUCUGGUAGAGAAUUCCAGCCAAGCGACAGGCAGUGUCCAUGUGCUCAUGGUUACGAAACACUAGCUGGACGAGAACAAGACUGUGUUAAACAUCUUUAUGAACUUUGCGGUGAAGGCACGUCUCGAACGCAGAGUGGUGCAUGUUUGAAUGAUGCUGGCUGGGAACAAUACUGCAAGGAAGAGGGCUGUCUGUCUCCAGACAAGUACAUUGGCUAUGACAUGGUCCUUGCUCUCUGCAAAUGUGAGGUCGAUGACUUGCAGGAGAUUUGCGAUCUUCAGUGUCGACUAGCCCAGAGAAAUACCAUUACCAUGGUGUGUGAGGAUGAGCCGUACAUUAAGGUGGAAUUCAGCGAUACUGGACAAAAUGUGAACAUUCCAGUGUCCAGUCUGACCAGGGUUAUCAACUCAAGAAAUGCUUUGACCAUUGACCAGUGUGAAUCUAAUGACGGGACAGAGUUAACUCUACAUUUGGUGGAAAUGGGAGAUAAUGGAUUCCUCGGAGUAUACACCCCAGACCCAACACAAACGGUGAAUUUGCUGCUUGCCAACACCAAGGGUGAUCUGAACGUCACACUGCCCACUAGCAAUGCUACUGUGAAUUCUCGUAGACGCAGAGAUAUCAGUAGUAUUAUGCGCCACCUGUUGGCCGAUUCAACAAAUCCCGGGUCAACCUACAGUGGCAUCGAGAACCCAACUGUUUGCUUGUUGUAUGGGGAAACCAUGAUGUUCAGUGUUGACAAUACUCAUUAUCCAGUUUAUGAUAGGGACAACCUUUACAAUACAAAUGAGCAGUUUGAUUAUGGUGGGUUCCGUGAGCUGGAGGAGUUACAAAGUCAAAUAGGUACCACCACCACCCUCUUCUCCUACAAGUUCAUUCACCCCGGUGUUUACGUCUUCUACAUGAGUGACAGCCCAAACAGAAAGAUGUAUAUAAGAGUGAUGGCAGAGAAUGCGCAGUGCUCGGAAGAUGGUCCAUUCUUUCCAACGACACCACGUUACAUUGUGCAGAAUGGAAUUGCCCUGGAGAAUGAUAUCCUUCUGACGCCUGACUGGCUUCUCAUCGGAAUCAUGAUGGCAUGUGUCCUCUUCUUAACGAUUCUACUCAUCAUUGCUUUGAUGCUCUUCCGUAAAUAUGGUUGGGAGAAGGUCAGUUACAUUCGACCUAAGUACCGAGCUCUCACCAAGAAGCAUAACUUUGAUGACUACUCCUCAAAAGGAUCGGCGGUACAUCACGUUAAAAAAUACAACCGAAAUCUUGAGGCACGCAACGACCAACCUGACGGAGCUGAAGCCGGAGUCAUUUUUUCAAAUGAUGAAGUUAAAACAGAUGAAUUCUGGGACUAUGAUCGUCAAGUUGAUCUGGAGGGCUUCAGUUCUCCUAGGUUCUAUGAUCAUCUUGCAAAGCAAUCACGUCACGUUGCAUCAGAACUAGGCAGACAAAAGGAAGAGGCAAAAGCAUUGUAUCAGAAAAUCAACAAUCAAACAGAAUCUUUGAAAGGAUUAUGGGUAGCUAAGAUGAACCUUUCAGGAAGGUCAGCCUUGGCAACCAGCCAGGAUCUAGCAGACUAUGAAAAGAAGAGUGAAGAGCUUGAGAUUGAACUUGAACGCCGCAAAGAGCUUGGCCUCAGAUUUGAGGCUGUACUUAAGAAGCAGAGUGAACUGAUGAAACACGAUGAGCAAGGACGUGAAGAACACCAGGUUGCUUUUAUGGCAAGUGCCCGUGAGUCAGUACGUCUUCUCAAUGAAUGCUCUGAAAAAUUAGCAAAUGGGCCUAGUAGCCCAGGUGAAGAGGAACUUGACAGCAAAAUGAUAAGAAAUGUUUCUGGACGUGUUGGUGCGUUAUUGAACCGAAUGGCUACUGACGUUGGAGGUGAAUGCCAACGGCUCGGCACAUGGGGUGUCCUUGGUGAAGGCACAGGGGCACAGCUUGUCAAGCCAGGCACUGACACUCUGCCAAUUAUUAGAGAAGAAUUAUUUGGUCCUGAUGGCAGCAUACUGCAUCCAGAUCUGAUACAUGUCGACAAAGCUACCAACCUGAUUGUGCCCAACAGCGAGGCUUCAAUGAUAAUGGUCAACGGCGAAGUCUGUGAGGUGCCUCCAGAAUUCUUCUUGCAUCCACAGAGCUGUCGUGUGAUGCCAAUUCAAGGCAACGUGGCAUAUGAUCCAGUGUCCUCAAGACUUGUCUUUACCAUUGAUUCUGCAACAGGUGAAACAGUUCGAUCAGAUGAACCACUGAUUCCAUUUAUACCAUUCCCAACUGAUCCUAACACUGGACUCUCAGUUGUGUCAAACCUGACUAGCACUGAACAUAGCAGUGACAUAAAAUUGAAUGCUCCAAUGGUUGACCCAGAAACAGCUCUCAAGUGUCCCAUACUCUCAGUCACUAUUCACCCCCAGACUGGAGUGGUGUACCCAGUUGGUGGUACUCACACUGACCCUGUAACUGGACUACCCAUUCCUAUUGAAGUUGGUUCCUUGAUGAUUGAUCCGAACAGUGAACAACCAGUGCCAAUUCUAAGCAUUGGUAUUGAUCCUGAAACUGGUGAUGUCAUACCUUUAGGUGGUAUGCUUGAACCAACAGAAAAUGGUGGAAUGACACCAAUGAUUGCAGGCUGUAAGUAUGUGGAUCCAUUAAGUGGGAAGGUUCUGCACAUACAAGGAGGAAGAAUUGAGGGAGAUGAUGUUUUGUCAACUGGUGGUGGAUACCAAAUUCUGUUGGAUUCUUCUGUUAUGGCAUGUGAAAUCCGCACUCUUGAUGCUAUCAAGCUCUAUCUGGAUGCUAUAACUGGACCAGAAGGUGCUAACUGCCGACAUGAACAGUCUGUUGUAGAAGGGGCAGUCAAAGAGAUGAUUAAAGCACGAUUGAAAGCAAAAGGAAAUCUACUUCGUUCUGUACAGGAUGUUGAGCGAAGGCUUGAAAGAGCUUCAAUCUUGACCACUAAUGGUGGUUCUCCUGGAAUGUUUGAAUUUGCUGGAACUGGCCAACUUCUUCCCAUCUUAGUAGGAACAACAAUGAGAGAUCCUAGUGGAUCUGGACAAGAGGUUCCAAUUCUUGGUGUUGAAAAAGAGGGAGUAACUGGAAAACUUAUCCCACUUGGUGGAACAAUGGAAAAUCCAGAGGGAUUAGGACUGAUACCAAUUAUGAUUGGAAAGCCUGCCAUUGAUCCAGUAACUGAAGAACUUAGUCCGAUUGUUGGUGUAAAAAUAAGUAAUGUGACAAAAACGGUGGUUCCUGUGACUCUAGCAUCUGACAAAAAGAAAAAGCCACCACUAGGAGCAGUUGCUAUGCUCGAAGAUGAAAUUGUUGCAAGACGUGGUUUCUGGCGUAGGCAGAGACAGCGUGAGGAGGAACUUACUACAAUUGAAUCAAAAUUAUCUAACAACCUUCUAAAUGAAAUGGACAACAUUACAGCAAAAAAUGUAGAAAGUGGAUUGAAAUCUAUUAUUGAAGGAACUACAGAAUUAGAGAAUGCAGCUAAGCGAGAGGUAAAGCGUAGAACAACUUCUGAAGAAGACCAUAAUGGCAUUCUUCCCAAGUAUGUGUUGUCUAUUCUUAUGAGAGGGGAUGAUUUGGAACGUCAAAGUGAAGAAAGACAUCAUAGCGCUCACAAGAAAUUUGUUGAUACCAUACAAAAACUUUACAGUAAACUGCAGUCAGAAGAAAGCCGAUACCACGAAAGGAAAACAGAACUUGAAGGAACAUUGAAUCCUGAUGCAGUUUCUGCUGUAGAGCACCGCUACAGACAAGCAAAGUCACGUCUCCAAAGUGAACUUUUUGAUCAACUUCUAACACGCACAGAAAAUCUUGAUGAGGAUCAUGCUUCUCUUGAGUAUUCACGUGAAAGAUCUGAAUUGCUGAGCACUGAAGCAAAACUCGUUCUGACCAAUGCAACGUUCAUUGCUGGAUUUUAUGAUGCCACUUUUUCAGGUGUUUAUGGAGAUCUUCUUAUUUUUGAAAGAGCUGGAAGAGAUGUUAUUCCUUUACUGAAGCGACUCAUUGCUAUGUUGGAGAGUGGAGCUCAUUUUAGUAUUUCAUCAGAAAUGCUCCAAGAAGCAUCUGGUUCUUAUGCUGCAACAGAGUUAAAUAUCAUCCAUAAUCAAAUGGCAACUACAGCUGUUGCAACAUCUCCAAUGGCAUACAACCACAUAAAUGUUUCGAAGGUACAGCCGGCAAAUGACAUCAGAAAGAUUCAGACACAGCUUGUUAGUAGUGGAACAGAGAAUAUUCGUAGUGGACUCUCAGUACAAGGAGCUCAUGCUUCAUUGACUGAUGACUCUAAGAGGGAAUUAGCUAAGACCUUGACUGAAAGGCAAACUCUGGAAGCAGUCAGACUUGAAAAAGAACUAAAAGCAAAUGAGGUUAAGGCUGUAAAUGAUGUGAUACAGAACUAUGAACAAAAGAAAGAGGCAAUGCUGACAGCGAGGCGGGAUGAGUUAAAGAAGCAGCUGCGUGAUGCCAAGUCUGAGGAAGAGAAGGAAAGAAUAAUGACAGAUUUUGUUGAACAAACUGGCAAAAUGGCAGAUGACCUCGAACAAGAAAAGCAGCAGCAAAUGGAACAUCUUAAGAAGCGCUUACAACAGAGAAGAUUACAAGCUAAGCAGGCCUUACACAAGAAGCAUAUAGCAGAGGCCAAGAGGGAAGGUCUAGGAGAGGAUGUUGUUCCAGAUAUCAAUCUAGAUGACAGCGAAGCUGAUAAAGACUUGCAGCUUCUUAUGCUGCAACAGCAAAAACUUAUUGCAGAUCUUACAAAAGCAUAUGCAGAAGAGAUGGCUGAGGAAGAAAGAAAGCGGAGAGGAGGAUUAGAUGAGCAAAUGGAAGAACGUAUGAGGCUUUUAAAUCUGGCACAUAAAGGACCUCAGCUUAAGGAAUUAGUAAAAAAUGUAUCACAACAGACGUCAGAUACAAGCAAAGUAAAUAAUGCUAUGAAAAUGAAGAUGAAAAACCGACUGAAAAAUCGAAGAGGUACUCGAAAAUCUGACCUACCUGCAAAUAUUGAGGCUGGUUCUAAAGAAGAGGAGCAGUUCAGAGUGGCAGAGGAAGCUCAAUUUGAUGCUGAUGGUAUGAGGAGUUUAGCUGUUGCUAUGAGUGUCUCUGAAGAACUGGCAGAUGAACAGCAAUUGGGUUCGCACAGAAACACACUUCAAACCUUACUAAAGAAAGAUAACAGAACUGAAGAGGAAAAACAAGCAAUUCUAGACCAGUAUUUUGAAGAUGUCAGAGGAGAGCAGGUAAGUUUUGCUGCUAAUCAAAACCUGCAAAGGGAACAUAUGAUGGCAAAACUUGCUGCUAGAAAACGUCUGAAGGAAGAGGUAGCCAAAGAAAAUGCUGUGAGCAAGGAACUUGAUCACAUUAGCAAGAAACAAGUGCUGCGUGGUGAGACAGAUGGAGCACAGGCCAUUGAUGCAAUUCGUGACAAGGUUUCAUCUGAUGAUGCUAGACAAGAACAACAAAAACUCCAACAGAACCAAAUAGAACAACAGGCAAAUCUCCACAUUAAACAGUUAGAAUAUGAAACAAAGUUGAAAAAAGAACUUAAUGAUGAACUUGAAAGGUCUCAAAAGAAAAUUGAAGAUCAAUUUGAAGAACAGAAGAAUAGAAUAAAAGAACAAAAUAAUGCUGAAUUCGAGAAAGAACUUGUUCUCACAAAGAAGAAAUUGUCAGAUGAACAAAUGAAGGAGUUGAUGGAACAGCACAAGAAAGAGAUGGACAAUUUAACAAGAACAAUUGAUCAUGAGAAGGAUCGCCAAAAGAAAAUUCUUGCUGAAAAAGUUGCUGAAAAGAAAAGGAAGAAACUUUUGGGUAUGAAGGAGAAACAUCAAAAUGAGUUGGAGGGAGUACUUCUCCAGCAACAGCAAGAAAGAGAUGGCUUAAGUGAUCAACAACAACGACUUGUUGAACGUCCGACUCUAGAGGAAUCCCUUGAAGGAGAGGAUGGCAAAAAGGCAGAAAGCAUCAUCUACCGUGUUCUGAAGCAACGUCACAUCAAAGAACAGGUUCACCAAGAGGAACUGAUGGAGAAACAGCGUGCAGCAGAGAUCGCAAAUGCUCGUGCAAACAUGACCGAUAAACGAAUGCAACAGCGCGACGUUCUUGAAGAAGCUCAACAGAAGGAGUUUAUGGAGCUUAUUGCUACAUCUGGUUCCCUAACUGCUACAGAUUUAGCAGAAAAGAAGGAGGAUCUUCAGAGACAACACAAGAAACAACUAGCUGAGUUUGACCGUGUCACUACUCAGAGAAUUGAACAAGCUGAGAAAGAUGCUAUACCUGCACUUGAGCUCCAACAGGCAUAUGCACGAUUAGAGCUGAAAGAAAAACAGUUGAAGGAGUUGUCUGAUGCAAUGCGAGAACUCACACCAGAAGAGUACCUGACCAAGCAAUACACUGAGCAGGCAGCAAAGGCAGCACACGAUGCGCAGAUCUUCCGUGAAAAGAAGAUGAAAGAGAUGGAAGGAGCAAUGGAGAAGAUCAAGGCUGAGAAACUCAGACGAGAAGAGGAGCGUCGUCAAAAAAUGCAAAAGCAAGUCAAGGCAUUAGAGAUGGAGAUUGAAUCUGAUAGAUUAAGGGAUGUACAACGUGCUAACCAAACUGAGGAAGAACGUGCAAGAGCUCGUUAUCGUCAGAUUGAAGAAAAGGAACGUCGCCUUAAUGCAGAUUUGGCAAGUGCUGAGAAUGAAGAGGCAAAGCAGAAACUUUUGAAAGAACACCAAGAUUAUAUGGAUCGAUUCAAUAAGGAACAGGAUGCUGAAAUGCAGAAGAAUAAAGACAAAGUGAAAGCUAAACUGGAAGAACGGCGGAAAAGGAAGCAGUCUAUGGAGAUGACACGAAUCAAAUCAGAGGCUGAACGUCAAGGUGAAGCUGAUGAGAGACGUCAGCAGGAUCAAUUGAAUCACAUUCAACAGCAAGGUGCUGCCGAGCUUACUGAUACAAUCAACAACACUCAACUUCUUGGAGAACCAGGCUACAUCCCACCUGAAGGAUUGCCACCAGGGGUUGAUUCAAGCAUGUUUUCAGCUCUUAUGGCAUCACCUCUAUUCCAGAAUGUACGGGAGAUGGAAGAGAUGUUGAUAAAUAGUGGUGGUGUGGCAGGCAGUGGUACUAAUGGUGCUGGUAGCGACCCCUUCAUUGAUGUCAAAGAUGCACAGUGGAUGUGUAUGGGAGAACUUGUGCCUCUUGACAUCGACAACAUCACUACCAGUCAGUUCAUCAUCUAUCGCUUUGGGGUCUUUAUCAUUCAGAUGUUGCGGCAGAAGUUGCAGACACCAGACAUCACACUGCUGCUUGCGGCCAACCUUCCACCUAACAACUACCAACGGAAUAUGUUCCGUAACUCGUUCUUCUUCCAGCAUGCACGUAACAUUCUCUUCAUCCGUCAGGAACGACUGGAAUCCGUCGGUGAAUUUGUUACGGUUAUCAUGCACAGUUUAGCUCAUAUCAAAGUUGAUGAUCUCGUAGACGAUCGGAAUCCUUAUUUCAUGAGGGCAUUCUAUGAGGCUAUAGCAUGCGUGUGUCAAGAUAUGUUCUUCGCUAGAUCUCGUUCGACACCAAUCACAAAAGCCCUGACCGCUUCUGAGCCAGAGGCUAAUAAGACCCCACUGGAGACAGCAUUCAAACAUGUUAAGACAGCAGCAGAAAAAGCAAAUGUUGUAGGGGAGCUGGUGACAUUGAAGGUGUCAGCACCAGUUGAGGCAGACUUCAGUGAUCAGAAUAUUGAAGAACGACUUGAUGGGUACCAAGAAACAGCCACCAGCGCCAAACUACGAGAAUUCCUGUCCAAUAGUGGAGGUGGAAAGAUGUCUGGAGAUUUUGUUGCUGCAAGGCUACGUGAGUUACGAGGUCAGGAGGAACCACAAGAACCAGAAAUUACUGCUCGAAAAUCUAAGCCCUCUAGUCUGAAGAGUCAAAAAUCACUCCUGGAUAUGCAAAUUAGGAAACUGAAUUCGCAGGUGGAUGAUUUAAAUACCCAACUAGCUUCCGCACUGAAUGAACAUCAAGCCAUCAGUCAAGGUAUUGAGAGCUUGCGAGAACAAGGUGGCUUUGAGCCAUCGAGACUAGACAUCAUGAAGAAACAGGCAACAAUGCUUUGUGUCAAACGAGAAAAUCUAAUGAAAAAGAUUUCGCAAAUUACAGGAGAGGUUUCAAAGAAACAAAAAGAACGACAAAACAUCAAUCAUUAAAUUUUGACACUAAACACCUGUGAAAUUAGCUUCAGGCAGCAGGUUUUAAAAAUAAGGUAAAGGAUAUAUAUAUUUAGAUAUAUAUUAUCAUGAAUCUGUGACAACAUUUAUCCUCGCAUUAAAUUUUUACUUGUUUAAAUCCUAUCCAUAUUUUACUGAACAGUUAAAUUUUAAUUGUAAAUAAUAUAUCCAAUAUCAGAAAAUGUUUAGCUUAAGAGAGAGCACUAUUUUUGGAU